GCGGAUAGACGACAAAUUACAAUUUUCAAAAUACACUUGACAUCAAAUUCACAGUGUCUUACAGUUUCAAACAAAGUAAACAUAUUAAAAAUUAGUGCGCGUUCAGCUGGUGGAAAUAAAAUAUAAAAGCAAAAGAAUAAUACUCGGCUCAGUGUUGGGCAGUUCGGAACAGGAGCAGCAGAAGCGACUCCAAAUAAGCCAGAGCCAAGAAAAGCAACGCAAAGCAACGCAACGCAAAGCGAAGCGAAGUAAAAGAAAAGUGCCGCAAAGAGCAUCGCAAAUAGGCGAACAUAACGGCAACAGUGCAUAAAAACGUGACGACAGCAUACAUAGUUCUGCCCGUGCAUUGCGCUCUGUGUGAUUUUCGUUUUCGUCCAGUAUUUUAUUUCCUUUUUGUGUUACUCGUAAUCUAAAAUUCUAAGUGUUCAGUGUCUGAUUUGACAAACAUACAUAUACAGAGACGUACACAUACUACUCGUACCCGUAACCGUUCCCGUACCCGUCAUAUUUCUGUGUGUAACGUCACUUGUGUGGUGGAGAAAAUCAAUUUCUGUGCUCCCAUAUAUCUGUUCAGUUUUGCCCCGAACAAUUGUUCGUGAUAAUCGUGAGUGACCCACCUGCCAUUCUGCAGCCGCAGAAAAUCCGGGCUAAACCAGACCAAAGCCGAAUCGAAUCUCCUUAUAUGUGGAGCGGUGCAGGAGACAAGGGGACCGUUGCAGCCGAGCCAGAACCCGAGUCUGGAUAGAGCCAUGACGGAGCAUCACAUGGACGUGCAGGCCGACGCGACGCAGAGUGCAUCCGAGUCCAAGGCCAUGGCUGCGCCCAAGGGCAAGUUCUCGGAGGCCGAGGAGGGCUUUCUCUCGACCUCGCCGGACAGUGCCAACGGGGACGCCCAGCAGGCCCAUACCCACACACACAUCAUCUCACACACGCACUCCAAAGGAGCUGCCAAGACCCAGACCCAGAAUGGAAACGGUACCCUGGGCAUGGGGCUGGGGGCCCCGAUGCUCCCGGGCGGCAGUCGCCAGCUCCUUCGCCAAGCAUUCUACCAGUGCUCGUGUCCGGAGCAGUGCGUCACCCUGAACAACAUACUGGACUCGUUCAAGGCCCCCCUCUCCGAGGACCAGGCCUGGGCCCUCAUCUACCAGUUCGGCUCCCUCUACUACAAGGUGGCCGCCCAGGCCCACAAGUCCGGCGGGGACUACGAGGCCGACCUUCCCAGCCGCUUCGAGCUGCACUUCCACCGCGACGGCAAUGUGCACUUCUCUGGCGCCGAGCGGCUGCCAGAGCUCGUGGAGUCGCAGGAGCAGGAGGCCUCCCAGCAGGAGCAGCAGCAGAAGCAGCCACAAAUGGAUGACAGUGCCACCAGCAGCGUGGACAGCAAUGCAGCCCUCGACAGAGCCUUUGACAACAACAAUCACGAGCAUCAUCACCACCAUCACCAUCAGCACCAUCAUCCGCACCACACGCCGCUCGUCGUCUCGCAUCGAAAGAUCAUCAGCGAAAUGGCGGAAAUCGUGUACACCGCACUGGACUACAAUCUGCCCGAGGACGAGGAGUGCCAGAUGUCGCAGGAGCUCGAGAAUCUGUUCAACUUUAUGACAGCAGAUGAGACUGACGAGGAUUGCAUCGACGAGGGCAUCGACGAGGGCGACAAGCGCUGGGACGACGAGGCGGAGGAGGAGCGCAACGAUACCAAAGAACUAGAGCACAUAAUCGAGACCUGCAGAAACCACCUGCAGAAGCCCGCCUUGGCGGACAAUCACUACAAAGCCGUGUGCCGGGCCCUGGCAACGGAGACAAUAGAGCUGCGCGUGUUCCUCCAGCAAGUCCUGAACAAUGGUGCCGAGAAGCUGAUCAAGGCCGCAGAAUCGUCUCCGACCACACAGAAAGAACUGGCGAAGCUGGGCUUCAACGACUGGGCACGCUUCUGGGUGCAGGUGAUCGACGAGCUGCGCCGCGGCGUCCGCCUGAAGAAGAGCAACUUCGAGCGCACACCCAUCGAAUACGAGCUGACGCCCUACGAGAUACUCAUGGGGGAUAUCCGAGCCAAAAAGUAUCAGUUGCGCAAGGUGAUGGUCAAUGGAGAUAUACCGCCGCGCGUCAAGAAAGAUGCUCAUGCCAUGAUCUUGGAGUUCAUUAGGUCACGGCCGCCAUUGAAGAAGGCCUCCGAACGGCAACUGGGCCCGCCCCGGAUGUGCACGCCCACGCCCAGGGAACAGCUCAUGGAGUCCAUACGGCAGGGCAAGGAGCUGAAGCAGAUCACCCCGCCAGAGGCACCCCCUCUGAGGCAGAGAAUGCUUCCAAGUGCGAACUCCACUCUGUCACGUUCCAGGCAGCGGCUCAUUAAAGUGGAUUUCUCACAGCUUCAGGACGACGAGCUCUUCUUCGAUGACUCCAGCAUGAGCAGCUCCCACUCCACAGCGGCCACACACCAGCACCACCAGCAGCACCAGCCUCACCAUGCCCAUCUAGCCGAGCUGCACCGCUGCUCGCAGCCCAAGAUGCCACCGUAUCCGUUUGGGGGCUACAUGGUGCCCAGCCAAGCGCGGCAAGAGUGCCAGGCGACGGCGACGCAGCUGCGGCCCAGACGCACAAUGGACGCAAGUGCACCCAGGCAGACCCUGCCCCAGCCACAGGCACAGGCACGGCCACCCCCGCCUGCUGAGCCAUCCUUUACGGAGGACGAGUACCACAGGUUCUUCGACAAUGCCCUGGAAUCCUACGACCUGGCCACUCAAUGCGAGUCGAGACGCGCCUCUCUGCGCCGCCACACUAUCGUGGGCUGCCAGAGCAACCUGGAGGAGACGCACUCGAUGCCACCCACGCGCCCCGAGUCGCGUCAAUCGGAUGACGCAGGCAGCCAGUCGCAGUCAGGAGCCAGCAGCGAGGCCCCAGGCAUCAGGAAGAGCCCCCUGACGGAGGGUGACCACUCGCAGACGACGGACGGGCCGCCCAGGCUGGACGAGGCUCAUUCAACAUCCUCGCUUGGCCCAUGGAACAAGUCCUUCAUGGACAAACAGACCUGGAUGGAACGGGGGGACGAUCGCCUGUCCGUAACGCUGGCGGAGAUCGUUCACAUACGUUCUGUCAUGACCAAAGCCGAGCUGGAGGGCCUGCCCAUGGAUGUGCGCGUCAAGGAGGAUGUUGAAAAGCGUCGCGUCUGCUUCCUGUGCCUGCGCACACGCUUCUCCUUCUUCGGGCCAUGGGGUAUCCAGUGCAAGCUCUGCCAGCGCACUGUCUGCGCCAAGUGCUAUACCAAGAUGCGCAUUCCCUCGGAGCACUUCAGGAACGUUCCCCUUGUGCUGAUCUCACCAUCGCUGCUGUCCAGUCCGGCCAGCUCGAGCACCCCCUCACCCUCUCACCACGCCCACCAGGCGCACUCCUCGUCGACAGGGAACAUAAUGGAUGACCAGUUCCCCAAGUCACUGAUUGAGCGUCUCCUGCGCUCCGAGUCAGAUAGAAAGACACGCAGCACUGUGGGCAGUGCACCAUCCUCACCCAAGCACCAAAGAUCAAACAUGAGCACUCCUGGCAUCAGCGUGGGGCCAGGAGCCGGCGCGUCCACCUCCGCCGCCCCUGGCCAUGCCGUGGAGGCGCUGCACGACCAGGCUGCCAUGUCCGCCUCCUACUCGUCAGCCAUGCGACCCUCGGGAGUGAUGCAGCACCACCAGAAGCACCACUACAACAACGCCAUGUCGCGGAGCAUGGAGGGACCCCGGAGUCUGCCCGUGCACAGCCCAGCAUAUCGACCGCUGUCCAACAGCAGCACCCUCGAGAGAAAAUCGCGAUUCUCGCGGGGCUUCGCCUUGUUCUCCUCGGGCAGCCAUUUGGCCCAGACCCAGGAUCAAAAGGAGAACCUGCGCGGCGAGCAGGUGCCCGUCUGCAACGACUGCCAAGGCCUCGUCAACGAGAUCACCAGCUCUGUGAAGCAGAAGCGCAGCUCUGCGAGGAACCGCACCAUUCAGAAUCUCACUCUAGAUCUAACGCCUGUCUGGAAAUAGGCACCGAACGGGCCCAGACAGAUUAAACCCUACAGUGCCACUAUGGGACACUGUUCGAAAUGGAAUCCCUCAGUUCGACAACUGAGAUAUCAAUCUUCGAGAAUAUCCCCGACUUGAUAACUUACCCUAGAAUCUAUUGAUCAAUUUAUUCGAUGACAGACCCCGGACUUUAUUUGAUAGCUGACUCUAUACCAGAAUUGUCUGAAAUCGAUGUAUUUUCAAUAUACUCGGCAUUAACUGAGCAACUGUUUAGGUGUUUUAUGGGACUACUGGAACGCACUAAACAUACGGAAGAUACAUAAUCGUACAUACGUGCGUAUUUACGGAUUGUAUUAUGGAUUAGAUGGACUGUUGUAAACGAUAAAAGAUAGAGCCUCCAGGAGACUCCCUCCCCUUGUAAAUCGUGUUAGUUUAGUGAAUAAGCAAAGGAGAGAACAAAAGAACAUUCCUGGCUGAAGCUUUGUACAUUUUCUGCCGGCUACAGAGAGAUGAUCCGCUUGAGCGCACCCCACCACAUACGAUACGAUAUGAUACAAUACGAGUAUAUACACAUAACAAUAGCUGACUAUACAUACAGUACCACAUAAAUACAAUAAACCCUAUAUAUUAUCGCAGUACAAUGCCGUUGUUUGUAAAUGUUUAAUUUAUACGUAAAUGUUGAUUAAGUAUAUACUCAUAGCUCUUAUAAGUAUCCAAGUACGAUCCAUAUGUAAUCCGUAUCUCCAGCUUGUGCUCUCGACUUAUCAAGAGAUGAUUCAGACAAAUGAUCCCAUCCCCAGUUCGAAAACAUUAUUUUGGAUAUUGUUAAGAAAUGAAUGUUGUGAAAUGUUUGUGCUUGCGCAGAUCGAAUUCUCGUUUCCUUGCGAAAUUCUCGUUGUGUUCCCCCGUCUGAUCACCUACAACGUCAAUGUAUACCGCGAGAUAGCGCUUAAUUGAUAGCCUAAUUUAAUUUUAGUCUUUGUUGCAAUGCAACCCAUACUAUUUAGUUAAUUGAUCGCAUAGUUUUAGUUUCCGCCUAUCAUCUAAGCGACGCGACCGUUCAAAUUGUACAAGCUGCGAUGCAAAGCAACCCCAAACGAAAUCAUGAAUUAUACUACCUAUCGUAAACCUUUAA